CAUUCCCCUUCGUCUUCCUCCUCCUAAAUCCCGGCGAUAAUGGAAUGCUCUGCAACUCGUCCCAAGCUUUACCCAACCGUCGACACUUCAACCACCGUUGCUCCUCUCCCUAAUUCCUCUUCCUCCUCUUGUACUAAUAAUAAUCUCUAUCCUUCAAUCGAUGUGAAUGAUCUUGUCAACAAUAUCUUCCCGGAUCCCACCGCCUCUGACUCAGCUUCAGCUCCUCCUCUCGCGACGGAGGAAGUGAUUCUGACAAUCCACGGUGCGAUGCUCCACCUCAUCGACAAAUCCUAUAGCGUAGAGCUCGCUUGCGGCGAUCUCGAGAUUCUCCGUCUUGUUCAAGGAGAUAUCACCGUCGCGGUUUUUGCUCGUGUCGCCGAUGAGAUCCAAUGGCCGUUGACUAAAGACGAACCCGCCGUUAAAGUCGACGAGUCUCAUUACUUCUUCUCGCUCCGACCCGUUAAAGAAUCCGGGUCAUCGGAUCAUUCAGUCAACGAAGCAGAGAACGAGAUGUUGAACUACGGAUUAACAAUCGCUUCCAAAGGUCAAGAACCGUUGCUGGAGAAGCUAGACAAGAUAUUAGCUGAUUACAGCAGUUUCACGGCGGAGGAGAAACAGAAGGAAGAGAACGUUUUGGAUUUGACGGCGGCGAAGGAGACUUCACCGGAGGAGCUGAAGGGAAAGAGGAAAAAGAUGGUGGAGAAGCAAUGUACGGCUUAUUGGACGACCCUGGCUCCGAAUGUUGAGGAUUACAGUGGAGUUGCAGCGAAACUGAUCGCUGCUGGUUCUGGUCAAUUGAUAAAAGGGAUCUUAUGGUGUGGUGAUCUCACAAUGGAUAGGCUCAUGUGGGGAAAUGAUUUCAUGAAGAAGAAGUUGUCUAAAGCAGAGAAAGAGAGACAAGUUAGUCCUGGAACUUUGAAACGUCUCAAAAGAGUGAAGAAGAUGACGAAAAUGACAGAGAAAGUGGCGAAUGGUGUGCUCUCUGGUGUUGUUAAAGUUUCUGGAUUCUUUUCGAGUUCAGUGAUAAACAGCAAAGCUGGGCAGAAACUCUUUGGACUUCUUCCUGGAGAAAUGGUUCUUGCAACACUUGAUGGAUUCAACAAGGUUUGUGAUGCUGUUGAAGUAGCGGGAAGGAACGUUAUGAAAACAUCUUCCACUGUCGCUACUGAAAUCGUCGAUCACAAGUAUGGAGCAAAGACAGCACAGGCGACAAAUGAAGGGCUUAGCGCAGCAGGGCAUGCUUUUGGAACGGCAUGGACCGUUUUCAAGAUCAGACAAGCUCUUAACCCCAAGAGUGCCAUGAAGCCAUCAUCACUCGCUAAAACCGCAAUUAAAACCGCAGCUAAAGAGAAAAAGAAGGGAAAAAAGAGUUCUAAGUAGGCUAAUGGAUGUUGUGUUAUUUGUACAUCAAUCUCAUUGCCUUGGUAAAUAAGGAUUAAACAGACUA